GCCUCAGACUUCCAGAGUCAGACAUGGAGCGCUAUGUCAAUUAUCGAGGCCUUAUUUGGAAGUUUUUUCUUAACAAAGUAUCUUUCACCUUUUUCCUUCUUCCUUACACGUAAAAAAAUAUACUAUGGUUCAAGUUAAACCUUUUGGUGCAUGGCCUUCACCUAUCACAGGCGACUCUUUAUCAGCAGGAGCCUUAGCUACAGAUACUUGUGUCGAUGGUGAAUACAUUUACUGGACUCAAGCUGUGUCUCAUGAACAAGGCCGCGGCCAAAUCUUUAGACAAUCACUUACCGACACAAGCGUCGCCCCCAAAGCGCUCUUACCCUUAGAAUACAACUGUCUGACUCGUGUUCAUGAAUAUGGUCGUGGUGCUUUUAAGGUCUCCAACGGACUUGUUGUAUUUUCGAACAAUGCGGACACACGUAUUUACACCAUUGAUUUGGAGGGUAACAUUGCCCCAUUGACCAAAGCUCAUACACUGUAUCGCUAUGCUGACUUUGCCAUUGAUCGAAAGAAUCGAUUCCUUGUUUGUAUUCGGGAAGAACAUUUUGAAAAGGAAGAACCAAAAGAUGUUGUAAAUGUACUUGUUUGCAUUGACUUAAAGACGGGUAAAGAACAAGUCAUUGCUGAAGGCAAAGAUUUUUAUUCCACCCCCCGUCUUUCCGAGAACAACGAUUUGACCUUUGUUAGCUGGGUCCAUCCCAAUAUGCCCUGGGAUUACACUCAACUCUAUUACGCAAAUACUGAAUUCGAUGGUACGUCGCUGGAGCUUAAAAAUUUGGUGUGUAUUGCUGGUGAUGUUAUUGACGAAAGUAUUUCGCAACCUGAAUUUGGUAUUGAUGGUUCCCUCUACUUUGCUUCUGACCGUUCUGGAUUCUGGAAUUUAUACGAAUACGAUGGGAACUCUAUUCAACUUUUGUUACCCCAACCACUUGAACAAGAGUUCGUUGGUCCUGCUUGGAGAUUUAACAAUUCGGACUAUACCCCUCUCAAAUCAUGUGCUCAUAAACUUGUUGUUACAAACAAACAUUCUUUAGCCAUUUUGGAUAAACAAGCUAAGACGAUGACUGACUUAAAAUGCAAAUAUGAUUCCUUCUCGGACAUUCGCACUUACGUCGACAGUAAUGGCGAUGAAAUUGUUAUCGCCAAUAUGGCUUCUGCUACUGAACCCACAGAAGUCAUAUCCUACAACCUUGAUAAAGAGGUAAUUCUCAACGUUCAUCAAAAGUCAGCUGCCACUCGCUUAGACCCAUCUUAUAUCACAGUUGGCAAAGAAAUUGAGUUUCCUACAACCGAUGGUAAAACUGCCUAUUGUUACUUCUACGAACCCAAGAAUCCGAACUAUGCGGGCGAAGGAUUACCUCCUUUGCGUGUCCUUUCUCACGGUGGACCUACAGGACAGACUCAUAAUAGCUACAGCCGUAGUAUACAAUAUUGGACCACCCGUGGUUUUGCGAUUGCUGAUGUCAAUUAUGGUGGUAGCACUGGCUACGGUCGGGAAUACCGUAACCGCCUUCAAAAAAAUUGGGGUAUUGUUGAUGUGGACGACUGUUGUAACGCUGCCCUCUACUUGGCUGAUCAAGGUUUAGUUGACAGAGCCAAGUUAACCAUUGAAGGAGGCAGUGCCGGUGGUUUUACUACUUUGGCCGCUAUUGCUUUCCGCAAAGUGUUCCAAGCUGGUUGUUGUCGAUACGGUAUCUCAGAUAUUACUUUGUUAGCUAAAGAAACACACAAAUUCGAAUCAAGAUACCCUGAUAAUUUAAUUGGUGAAUACCCCAAAGAUAAAGCCAUUUACGAAGAACGUUCUCCUCUUUUCAGUGCCGGUAACAUUGAUUGUCCGGUCAUCUUUUUCCAAGGUUCCGAAGAUAAGGUUGUUCCUCCUUCCCAGGCUGAAGUAAUGGUUGACGCGCUUAAGAAAAACGGUGUCCCUGUUGCCUAUGUUCUUUUUGAAGGUGAAGCUCAUGGUUUCCGUAGGGCUGAAAAUAUCAAGCGUUCAGUGGAGUUAGAGCAGUGGUUCUAUGGUCAAAUUUUUGGUUUUCCUGUUCAAGAUAUUGAAGGUGUUGAAAUUUUUAACUUUCCCAUGAAAUAA